AUGGAGGAUGUUGGUGUUGUUGAAUGUUUGACAACAUGUGAUGGGAUCUACGAGGGAGACUGUAACCACAGCCGCCGUCGCCAUCACCAUCACCACCAUCUUUUCUUGGCCUCAGCCAAGUCUCACAACAAAGCUCUGUCUCCGGCCACAAGUGUCCAUGAACUUCUCCAAUGCCCUGUCUGCACAAACUCUAUGUUCCCACCAAUCCACCAGUGCCUAAAUGGGCACACUCUGUGCUCCAUCUGCAAAUUGAGGGUGAACAACCGGUGCCCAACUUGUAGAGAAGAACUUGGAGACAUCAGAUGUCUGGCAUUGGAGAAGGUAGCAGAGUCACUAGAACUUCCUUGUAAGUAUUGUUCUUUGGGCUGCAUGGAGAUCUUCCCUUACUACAACAAACUUAAACAUGAAGCUCAGUGUAACUUUAGACCAUACAAUUGCCCAUAUCCUGGAUCUGAGUGCUCAGUAGUUGGGGAUAUUCCAUUUUUGGUUGGCCAUCUACGAGAAGAUCACAAGAUUGACAUGCACAUUGGAUCAACCUUCAAUCAUCUCUAUGUUAAGUCGAAUCCCCGUGAGGUAGACAAUGCAGCAAGGAUGCUUAUGGUGUUUAACUGUUACAGCCAGUACUUCUGCCUGCACUUUGAAGCCUUCCUACUUGGCAUGGCUCCGGUUUACAUUGCAUUCCUUCGUUUCAUGGGUGAUGCCGUUGAGGCACGAAAAUUUGGUUACAGACUGGAGGUGGGCGCAAAUGGCAGGAAACUAAUAUGGGAAGGAACCCCUCGGAGCAUACGUGAUAGCGAUCAGAAGGUUAGGGAUAGCCAUGAUGGUCUCAUAAUCCAGCGUAACAUGGCACUUUUUUUCUCUGGUGGAGACAGGAAGCAGCUCAAGCUCCGGGUUGCUGGACGGAUUUGGAAGGAAAACAGCACCUAG